AUGUCUGAUCGUGUUCAGGCUGUGGCCACCAACAUCUACCGCGAGUUUGAGCGCAUGAUACCGACGUAUGGCGAAGAUGUAGUAAAAGACAUGAUGCCACAUAUUGUCACUAUUCUUGAAAGUUUGGAUUCAGCUUUUAAAGAAAACCAAGAAAAGGAAGCAGAAUUGGAGCUCUGUAAAGAUGAUAAUGAACAGUUGAUGUCCCAAUAUGAAAGAGAAAAACAGUUGAGAAAGUCAGCUGACCAAAAACUUUUAGCAAUUGAAGACUCAUUAGAGGAAGAAAGGAAGGAAAUGAAUGACAGAAUGGAGCAGUUGCAGUUAAACUUGAAGGCACAUGAAUUAAAAUCAAAAAAUUCACAUGACCACAGUAAGAUGUGA